UUCAAUUUGCCCAUCCCUGUCCCAUCCAUUCGCAGUCGAUCCCCGGAGAGAGGGCUAUGGGGGAUAGCAUAGAGGGCGUGUCGCUCCCAGCCGCGGCGGGGCCAGACGCUAGGAGGCGGCGAGUAACCUACUUCUACGAGCCCAGCAUCGGUGACUACUACUACGGUCAGGGCCACCCCAUGAAGCCCCACCGCAUCCGCAUGGCUCACAAUCUCAUCGUCCACUACUCCCUCCAUCGUCGUAUGGAGAUCAACCGUCCCUUCCCCGCCGGUCCCGCUGACAUUCGCCGCUUCCACUCCGAAGAUUAUGUCGACUUCCUUGCCUCCGUCACUCCUGAUACCCUCUCCGAGAACGCCUUCUCCCGCCACACCAAACGCUUCAAUGUCGGCGAGGACUGCCCUGUCUUCGACGGCCUCUUUGGAUUCUGUCAAGCCUCCGCCGGUGGAUCCAUCGGCGCCGCCGUCAAGCUCAACCGCGGCGACGCCGAUAUCGCCCUUAAUUGGGCCGGUGGUCUCCACCACGCCAAGAAGUCCGAAGCCUCCGGUUUCUGCUACGUCAAUGAUAUCGUGCUCGGUAUUCUUGAGCUUCUCAAAGUUCACAGGCGUGUUCUUUAUGUUGAUAUCGAUGUCCACCAUGGAGAUGGGGUUGAGGAGGCAUUUUAUGCCACAGACAGAGUCAUGACUGUGUCGUUCCAUAAAUUUGGGGAUUUCUUUCCGGGUACCGGGCACAUUAAAGAUACAGGAUGGGGGCCUGGGAAGAACUAUGCCCUGAAUGUCCCAUUAAACGAUGGAAUGGAUGAUGAGAGUUUUCGUGGUCUGUUUAGGCCCAUCAUUCAGAAAGUAAUGGAGGUUUACCAGCCGGAUGCAGUUGUUCUUCAAUGUGGAGCGGAUUCACUGUCUGGUGACAGGUUGGGGUGCUUCAACUUGUCUGUGAAGGGCCAUGCAGAUUGUCUUCGUUUUCUUAGAUCUUUUAAUGUGCCUCUGAUGGUCCUGGGUGGGGGAGGGUAUACAAUCCGCAAUGUUGCCCGUUGCUGGUGCUACGAGACAGCAGUUGCAGUUGGAGUGGAGCCUGAUAAUAAAUUGCCUUACAACGAAUAUUAUGAGUAUUUUGGUCCAGAUUAUACUCUUCACAUAGAACCAUGCAACAUGGAGAAUCUAAAUACUCCCAAAGAUAUGGAGAAAAUUAGGAAUAUGCUGCUAGAGCAACUUUCCAGAAUACCACAUGUACCUAGUGUACCUUUCCAGACAACACCACCCACCACACAAGUUCCAGAAGAGGUGGAGGAAGACAUGGAUCGGAGACCAAAAUGUCGCAUAUGGAAUGGUGAGGACUAUGACUCUGAUCCUGAUGAAGACGAGAAGCCUCGGCAUACUGAACCAAAUUCUGAGAUGAGAGAUGUAGUUGAUGAAAUGGAUGAAGAUAAAAGGGAAGGGCAUCCACCAUCUUGACAUUGAUGAACUUUCAUAGCUUCUAUAUUUCUGUUGCCUUUGGGUGAUUUAGCUGAGAUCGUAUCAUUUGGGCAUGAAGCAUUGGAAAUGGCACUGUACAAAUGGUGAAGUCCCUGCCCCACCCUCCCUUUUCUUCUUGCUCCUCUACCAUUUUUGUUUUGGGAAUUUCAAUGUAUCAGAGUCAGUUUACUUAUUAAAAAAAAAAAUUGUAUCAGAGUCACAGUUAUUAGGUUGAAUACUUGCACUGUGCAUAAUCAUAUGACAUUCAUCUUGAGGAUAACUCAAUAUAUAUUUUUUUGAUUACCCA